AUGGAUUCAGAUGUAAUUGCUUCAUGUCUAGCUAAUGAAACGUAUGGCCCCCGCUCUCCACCAAGCACAGAAUGGCUGUGGGAUAAAUGCAUCACCAGUGAACUGCUCAAGGAUAUCCCCCUAACGAGGGUGCUGAGGUGGGAGCGAAGCGGAGGCGGAGGUGGAGGCGGAAGACCCCUACCAUCCCCCAAGGAUGUGAAUGGAAACAUUAAAACAGUGACUGAAUCGAGAAGAGGAAGAUGGCCGCCUAAAGUGAAGGUGAAUCAAUCUCGGACCUUUCGUAUUGAAACCCGGAAGGCCUCUAAGGCUGUUGCAAGGCGAAAGGUAUGGAAGAAAUUUUGGAAAUUCAGAGUCGAUGCUCCUGGCCGAAGUGGCACAACCACUGUGAGUGAUGAUGUCUUCAUGACUUUCAUCACCAGCAAGGAGGACCUGAACUCAGAGGAGGAAGACCCGCUGAACAAGUUGAAAGGGCAAAAGAUUGUGUCCUGCCGUAUCUAAGGGGAUCACUGGACCACUCGUUGCCUCUACAAGGACACCCUGGGACCCAUGCAGAAGGAGCUGGCUGAGCAGUUGGGGCUCUCCACAGGAAAGGAGAAACUGCCAGGAGAACCAGAGCCUGUUCAAGCCCAGCAAAACAGACUGGGAAGUUGUCCCUCCAGCCUGAGGGAUGGAGCUAGCCGCAGGGGAGAAUCCAUGCAGCCGAAUCGCAGAGGUGAGCUUGCGUAG